UGUGUGUUGUUGGUUUACCACAGCUCCAUUAAUCUGACUGAGAAACACGUCUCAAACAUCAUGUGGUCUCCAGUAUGUGGACACACCAGCAUUGGCAAUAUCAGCCAGAGAACAUAACACAGUACUUUUACUGCUGAACUGUACUUCAGUAAAAUGAGGAGCUUGAGUAUUUGUGUUCUGUGCUCCUCUAAACUGUACUUUACUCUUAGUUUCUCAUCAUGACAGGCCUGUCUGAUACCGUAGAGUUCUCCAGGAGAAGGUCUGCUCCAGCAUAUUUCUCUGAACAAAUGAGCAGUGUUCACCUCAUGAUGCUGAUCAUCCUGAGGUUUGGCUCUGCUUUACUCCUGUUUUUCAGUCUCAUAUUGUUGAAAUAAGGUUCUGAUAGACUCCAGAUGUGACCAGAUGUUCAGCAGCAAGUCCAGUGUUGCUCUACAUGAUGAUGCACACCUGAGUGACCACAACCAGUAACUUUGAGAACGGCUCUCAUUAACUGUGGCAUCGUUUCCAUAAGCUUCUGUAAUGUCCCAGGAUUUAUUUCUGUCCAGAGAUACAUUCAUUUUCUACCAAGAGCUUCUAUUGAUGAUGGGAGCAUUGGACAAAAGUCUUCUCCAGAACAUACCAGAGGUUCUCAGUGAGGUCUGGACUCUGUGGAGGACAAUCCAUCUCCUGCUCCCUGAUCCACUCCUUCUCAAUGUGAGCUCCAUGAAUCCUGGCAUCGUCUUCUUGGAACAUGUAGAAAACCUCCACUGAUUCAAAGACCUGGUCCUUCAGUAUCUUCAGGUAGUCAGCUGACCUCAUUCUUUGGGAACAUAACGUCGGUGAACCUGACUGACCCCAGAUCAUAACGCUAACCCCCACUAGCAAUGAUGAGGGCAUCACUUCAUCCGCCUCCAUUCUUACCCUGAUCCCCCCAUCACUCUAGAACAGGGUAGAUCUCGACUCAUCAGACCACAUUUGUUCCUGAAGAUGAUGGUUCUCCACUAUCCUUCAGGUUCUAAUGAUGUGUUGAAUGCUUCUUAACCUGAUUUUAGUUGUUUCAUUUCCAUAGUUGUUUUCUUUGCUUGAUGCAGGCCAAUAAUUUGACCCUUCUGAGACAGAUUAGCAUCCUUUCCAUGACCACAGGAUAUGUCUAUGGUUGUUUAGAAAUGAGAAGCUCCAAGUGUUAGAGCCAGAAUCCAGCAGCACCUCCAUUUUCUGAGACGACUCAGGCUUUUUCCUGAUCUUUUAUUGAGGAACCAUCAAGUCCAGACUUGUCAUAUCAUGGAAGUCCUGCUCCCCUCAUGUUGUUUACUCAGACCUCCAUCAGUCUCCCUUCUGACCCGUCACAUGUCCUGUUCACUGAGUCUGAACUGUUGGAUUGAGGCAGGAGGUCCAGAGUCCUGCUGGAUUUAGACCUCUUCUAUCCCUCAUCAGCCUCGUAAAGGAGCAGCUGUGUGUUCUGAUGUGUGUCUUUUAUUUUUUAUGUCAUUGAAUCUUAUCCACACAACUAGGGUUAUAUGUUAUGAACUUUAUGUGUUCUGCUAUGUGUUGGUGUGCAGCUUAUUUUUUUUAGAUACAGAUUUCUCCCAGGGGAGGCACUAAAGUGAAGCUGAACAGCAGCAGCUCUGAAUGUUUGCUGUCAGCUUGUUUUUCUUGUUGUUGUUGUUGUUGUGCGGACAGUCAGUAGGAGGAGGGCGUAACCGAGGGCAACAUGAUGACACACACUUCCUGACAAACACACUAUAAAAGACCAAUCAGAGCAGGAUGCAGUCAGAACCUGCAGGACCCCUGAUACCCGGACCGACCCGUACAGACGAGGCCUUCAGGACCCUCACAACCCACCCGGACAUACGAGUCCUUCAGGACCCUCAGAACUGACUUGGACAUAUAGGACCUUCAGGACCCUCAGAACCGACCCACUGCACCCCGUUCAGCGUGUUUGUCCAGGAUGUGGCUGUUUCUGGUGACUGUUGUUCUGCUGGAUCUCAGCCAGGCCACUCCGCUACCAGGACAACGGAGCGACCUGCAGUUCCUCCUUCAGGAUCAGGUCUACCUCACGAUCUCCACCACUCCUGCUCCUCCUCCACAGAAACGAUCAUCCUCCUCUUCAUCCUCCUCAUCGUCAGCCUCCGAGUCCAGCCAGAGUUCAGAGGGUCCUCAACAACUGAGAGAACGACAGAACCUGGAGAACACGGCUGUGGAGCAGGUGGAUUCCUCUCAGGAGAGCACAGAGCACCUCCAGCCUCCCAGUAACACCAGCAGUCUGUGGCUCAAUGAACUGGUCCUACUGGGAGAGAGAGUUUCUGAUAGAGAUGGAGACGGCGGAAACGAAGAUGGAGGAGACAACAGCGUGGAGAGCAGACACAGGGCUCUGAUGCUGACCUAUCACCACCUCCUGAGUCGACUUCGUCACAGAGACCCUGGUCUGAUUACUGGAGUGGGCGGAGCAGCGGGAGAUGUGGGCGGAGCCAGAGAAGAACACCUGGAUGGGGAGUUUCCAAACCUGUCAGACAACAGCAUGGAGGGAGGAAACCGGCUGACCUUUGACCUGCCAGGUCUCAGUUCCCAUGGCGACGAGGCGGCACUGGAGCUGGGGCUGUAACGAGGCCACACCCCCUCUGCGACCAACAGCCAAUCAAUCAACUGUGUGAUUUCUAAGUAAUGAUCUUUUGAUUAAAUAGAAUCCUGUAGCUGGAGUUUAACACCACGUGUUCCAACAUUUCACUGCUAGAAACUAGAAAAGUCAACAACCCUGCAUGGAAACUGAUUUACAAGCCCAACAGCACCCCCUACUGAAGAAAAUGAUCAAUAAAGUGACUGACAUACAGUUUAAAAGUUCAUACCACCUUAAAUAUUACCUACAGUUUAAAGGCUAAUUCCACCUUAAAUACUAUGUACAGUUUAAAAGUUGAUUCCACCUUAAGUAGUACGUACAGUUUAAAGGUUAAUUCCACCUUAAAUAUGUGCAGUUUAAAGGUUAAUUCCACCUUAAAUACUAUAUAGUGUUUAAAAAUUGAUUUCACCUUAAAUACUACUUACAGAUUAAAGGUUUAUUCCACCUUAAAUACUAUGUACAGUUUGAAAGCUGAUUCCACCUUGAAUACUACGCUUGGUUUAAAGGUUAAUUCCACCUUAAAUACAUGCAGUUUAAAGGCUAAUUCCACCUUAAAUACCACAUAGUGUUUAAAAAUUGAUUCCACCUUAAAUACUACUUACAGUUUAAAAGUUGAUUCCACCUUAAAUACUAUGUACAGUUUAAAGGUUAGUUCCACCUUAAAUAUGUGCAGUUUAAAGGCUAAUUCCACCUUAAAUACCACAUAGUGUUUAAAAAUUGAUUCCUCCUUAAAUACUACAUACAGUUUUAAAGUUGAUUCCACCUUAAAUACUACUUACAGAUUAAAGGUUAAUUCCCCCUUAAAUACUUACAGUUUAAAGAUUAUUCAGUCUCAGGUUGGUUCCUGGAUAAACGUCUUGAGACCAGCUGCAGCAGAACGGCGCCUCCAUGUGGUCAAACACUGAUUACAGCAUCUGAAGUCUUCUGUGGGAAUAAAAAGUCUGGAGUUUCUGAUGAAGUCCGACCCCUGAAACAUCUGGUUCAUGUGUGGAGGAUUUAUCAGAGUUCUGAUUUUAGAUCCUGAUAGAAAGAACCACAGAAAGAACCGGUCUGUCUGGAAGCUAGAUCCUAACAGAAAGAACCAGUCUGUCUGGAACCUAGAACCUGACAGAAGGAACCGGUCUGUCUGGAAGCACCUUCUAUCCACUGAUUCACUGGAUAACUUUCAUUAUUAUCUAAAGUCUUCAAACAGCUGCUGGUCAUUUUAAUAUGAAUUUAUCCACUUCUGAAUAUUUAACCACACUUCCAGCACUGAAAUCUUCCUUGUUGUGUGAAUUUCCAGCUGCAGUUUGAAAAUGUAACUGAGUGUUGAUGUGUAUAAAUAUGAAAAUCUCCUCUGUUCUCUUUAAAACUGACCACAUUCACUAAACAAAGCUGUAAAACAUAAAACUAACGGCUGGACGGGUUCACUCAUCCUGAUGGUAAAUAAUCUGAACACAGCUUUAAUGGAAGGAAAACAGAAAUACAUCAAUAACUCACUUUGGUUAUCUGUCACUGCCUGGUCUUUGAAUAAACUUUAUUUAGAUUUCAUUCACUCUA